AUGAAAUAUUUACCGAGUUACUACAUUUUGUUUGCUCCCCAAAUAUUCACAAGUAAUCAAUUAUUGGGUACACCAAUUAACACAACUGUCACCUUAAAAUGUGUCAUCGAGGGAUAUCCAAAGACAAUUACUGUUUGGAAACAUACGGUCGAUGAUGCAGAUACAGUCAUAAUGAAUGGAGAAAGAUAUGAAAUUAUUGAACGAGUAAAUGCAACUUAUGAAUGGAAAAUGACGACGGAAUUAACAAUAAAAGGAGUACAAUUAGAAGAUUUGGGUGUAUAUAAAUGUUCAGCGCAAUCGAGUCUGGGAGAUGCCGAAUUGUCCAUGACCGUAUUUAAAAUUCUACCCGAAAUGCAUGCAACAAAAUCAACAUCAACACAUAAAGGGAGAAACAAUAAUAAUAUACAAAAUGAAUUUGAUUCGACAAAUCAACGUAGAAAAUAUCAUCAGCUUAGUACACCGGCAAUGCAAAAAAGUACAGCAAGAUUGGUAUCGAAUAAGAUUUUAACGACCACUAUGGAUCCUCGUAUAGCGUUAACCAAGAACAAGAACGCACUUAAACAUAAUGAAGUGCUGAACGUGCAGAGCAACGCCAUUGCCAUAAACGUGAUCAAGCAGAUAAGUGCGAUUUGUGUGCUGCUUUCUUUUACGCUGCGGUAAUUCGAAGCGAACGAUAAAAUUAGAAAACUGCUAUAAUAGGAGUAUAUAUAUUGUACAAGAAGCAACGAUUUUCCAUUUUAGAAUAUUAUGCGCGUGCCCAAAUGACAAUGAACAACGAUCCGCGUAAUAUGUUAAACAAUGGAAAUGUAAAUUCUCUUUUUUAUAUAUAAAAAAAAAAAAAUAGUCAAAAGAAAGAGGGCGUAAUCGACAUAUUUUUUUUUUUAAUCAGACAAGAAAAAGUGAAGGAAGAAAAUUUCUUUUUCAUUAUUUUAACGUAUAGGAAGAAUUGUAGUCGAAAUAUAUUUUUUCUUGAAGUGGAGAAGUAAUUUUUAAUUUUAGCCAAAAAAAA